CCUCACAGCCGCGCGCCGGAAGUAUCCCAGUUCUCGGCGCAGAGGCUUGUCGGCUCUGGACAGCAGUGCCGGUGCGACUAUGCGGGUCACCGGGAAGACUUUCCGCCGGCGCCGCGCCGACUCGGAGUCGGAGGAAGACGAGCAGGACUCAGAGGAGGUUCGAUUAAAACUGGAAGAGACCCGAGAGGUGCAGAACUUGAGGAAGAGGCCCAACGGGGUGAGUGCUGUUGCCCUGCUGGUGGGAGAGAAGGUACAAGAAGAGACCACUCUAGUGGAUGAUCCCUUUCAGAUGAAGACAGGCGGGAUGGUGGACAUGAAGAAACUAAAGGAAAGGGGCAAAGAUAAGAUCAGCGAAGAGGAAGACCUCCAUCUGGGGACAUCAUUUUCUGCAGAAACCAACCGAAGGGACGAGGAUGCCGACAUGAUGAAGUACAUUGAGACAGAACUGAAGAAGCGGAAAGGGAUCGUGGAACAUGAGGAACAGAAAGUCAAGCCAAAGAAUGCAGAGGAUUGCCUUUAUGAGCUGCCAGAAAACAUCCGGGUUUCCUCGGCAAAGAAGACGGAGGAGAUGCUGUCUAACCAGAUGCUGAGCGGCAUCCCUGAGGUGGACCUCGGCAUCGACGCGAAAAUAAAAAACAUCAUUUCCACGGAGGACGCCAAGGCCCGCCUGCUGGCGGAGCAGCAGAACAAGAAGAAGGACAGCGAGACCUCCUUCGUGCCCACCAACAUGGCUGUGAACUACGUGCAGCACAACCGGUUUUACCACGAGGAGCUCAACGCUCCCAUACGGAGAAACAAAGAGGAGCCCAAAGCCCGACCCUUGCGAGUGGGGGACACAGAGAAGCCGGAGCCUGAGCGGUCCCCUCCCAACCGCAAGCGUCCUGCUAAUGAGAAGGCCACGGAUGAUUAUCAUUACGAGAAGUUCAAGAAGAUGAACAGGCGGUACUGAGGGAGGCUAAAUGGGGAGAGGUGCGGCGUGGGAUAUAAAUAACUGUUGUCCACUCCCUUUAUCCCCAUGAUAAAAGAUUUCCUGGACAGAAGCCUGCUCAUUGGCUAGCAGAUGGCUCCCAAAACAGACUCUGUCAGUCCCACUGCUUACCUGUGGGAUUUUUCAGGCAUUGAAUUUGUAACCUUUUGAAACAAUGUGUAGUUUUCCUAUUUGGGGGCAAACUAGUCUUGUGAGCAUUAUUAAAUCUUGUUUGUAAAUA